AUGCAGCUCCACCCGCGGACUAGCACACCCAAGGCUUCAACGGUCCUCCGUGACUUUCUGAACCAGGCAAAGUGCAUCUGCUGCACACUGCGUGUGGUGGAGCUGACCCAGGACCGCGCUGUCGUGGAGUGGGGAUCCGUGCCGUACUUUACGGCGCGGGGCCGGCGGGCUGAGUUCGUCUACUAUACGGCAGAGCGCGUUACCGACGUCAGGCCUGAGGUGCUCCGGACCUGGACGGGCCGCAACGAGCCCACUGAGUGGGUUCGGGACCGACUCCGCGACAGCUGGCUUGUUGAGCAACUCGUCUACUGGGUUGAGUUCCUCGAGGAGUGGAAGUUUUACCGCGAGUGGUACGUCUACAAGCCGGAGCUUUUCGAGGGCAAGGUCCCGGAUGUCUUGAGCCCCGGCUGUAAAGGGUGUGUUAAGCCGCACUGGCCGGGUGGGCUGAGGCGACGGGCUUCGUCUUGUGCUUAG